ACACUCCAAUGACUAACAGGCCGAAGCUUCAGGUUGAUGAGGAUGGAGAUGACAUUGCGCAUACUGUUUUCCUCCUGCCGCACAGGCACUUUUGCAGCCAGACUUGGGCCUGUUCGCCCCUUCAGCCUUACCAUUCACAGAGGAGGCUACAAGUAUGUAAAUGCAGAAGAUUUGCCUUCUGACCUGAAGUCCAUCACAGACCGUGCAGCACAGACACUGCUGUUGACCGAACUGUGCAGAGGUUUGGCCAUGGCUGUGAGUUACUUGUUCAGAGAACCAGCUACGAUCAACUACCCCUUUGAGAAAGGCCCUCUCUCUCCACGUUUUCGCGGUGAGCAUGCGCUACGCAGAUACCCAAACGGAGAGGAGCGCUGUAUCGCAUGCAAACUGUGUGAAGCUGUCUGUCCUGCUCAGGCCAUCACUAUAGAAGCAGAGACUCGUGCAGACGGCAGCAGAAGAACAACCCGUUACGACAUUGACAUGACCAAAUGCAUCUACUGUGGAUUCUGUCAGGAGGCCUGUCCUGUAGAUGCAAUCGUAGAGGGCCCUAAUUUUGAGUACUCCACUGAGACGCAUGAAGAGCUGCUGUAUAAUAAAGAGAAACUGUUGAAUAAUGGAGAUCGAUGGGAGGUUGAAAUUGCUGCUAACAUCCAGGCGGAUUACCUGUACAGAUGAACAAUUGCACAAACCUCCUGAUGAUAGUCAGAUAACAGGAAAACAAGGAGCUUCAUAAGCUGCAUUUAGUGGAUCUGAACACUGCACUGUAUAGAACCAUAGAAACGCACACAUCAAUCAGUUGUUAAGUAUGAAAUGAAAUGCACAAAUCAAACCAAAUAAUGUUUAUUUUGAUUUAAUUGUUCAUUCAGUGUAUUCAAACUUAGCUUUUCUCAGGGGCAAAUAAAAUACACCUCUGCAUGUAAAUGUUUAUUGGGAAUUGACAUUGCUUAUUUUUUUUCUUUGAUAAACUUUACUCAUGUAAAUAAAAAAGAAGCACAAUAA